UGAGUUCUCUGCCGUGAAUGCCCAUCGUUUCCCAAGGCACACGGCCCACCAGGGAGGCAGCUUCAGGGAGCAGGUCCGGAGAGCCGCUCAGCCUGGGGAGGAAGAGUCUCAAGGUCAUACCUCAAGGUCAUAUGUAGUCCUGGCCGCCACCGGAAAUUCCUCUGGGGGCAUUUUCAGCAGGAUUUUUGCCACAUCUGUGUGGGUUUCCUGGGGGCCUUGCUACAGCAAGUUUUCCGCCAGCGGUCUCUGCAUCAGUCGUGGCAUUUUCUUCUGGCAGGGCAGGUGCACAGACUCUGGGUGACGUGAUGGGGGCGGGGCGAGGCCUGCUCCAUGGGAGGAAACGGCUCCCGUGACGUGGGCCUUCUUCAGAGUCCCGUCGACCUUGGCGUACUGUGCCUUUAGGAAGCUGCAAAUGAUGGGCCUCUUCUUCUCCCUCACCUGUGCAGGUGUGUGUCCUCGUGGGGAACGAAGCCCUCCGCGUGGCUAUGGCUGUUUCUCCAGUGGAUCUGUUGAGAACUGGUCCUCUGCGUGACGACAGCUCAGACAGGCCAGGGCCCUCUCUCUGGUCCGUCCCUUCUCCGUUGUUGAUCGUAUCUGCUCCCCUCAGGCCCCUGCAGACUCUGAAGGCAGGGAAGCCUGUUACGGGGGAAGUUUAUUCCGCCCUUACAGAACCUGCAUGGCGUGUGGUUGCAUGUGAGUGAGCGUAUGUGGUCCUGUCUGGUCCUACUCGACGUCCUUCUUGGAGCGUCACUGGGUUCGUCAGCAUGUUAGAAACCACACAGAGUUUAAUCGUUAAAAAUAAACAAGCCUGUCCGACUAGACUGAGGACAGUAUUCCUCAGACUUUUAGUGUCACGCUUGAUAAGUCUAUUUGGGAAAACAAUGGCUUGGAAUGUUUUCUUUCCAGUAGAAUCUGCAUUCCUGUGUCUUAUUUGGGUUUAAGUGGAAAGGCAAAGUUGUUUUGUUCAUAAGCAUUUUAUUUUAGCACAGUUUAGAUUUAGAUGUACAGAUUUAGAUUAGAUUUAGGUUAGCAGAUUUGGAUUUCGGUUUAGAAAAGCAACCCAGAUACAGGAAGUACCAGGAGCUCGCCUGCGCCCACACCCGGCUUCCCUUAUUAUUGACAUCUGGUAGGAGUGUGCUGCACUUGCCAUGGCUCAUGAACCGGUACUCACCUUGGUUUCGAUGACCUUGACAGUUUAGGUGGGGAAGACCAGUCGGUAUUUUGUAGAUGCCUCUCGACUGGGGUUUGUCUGGUGUUUUCCUCGUGGUGAUUAGGCUGGGGUUGUGGGUUGUGGGGAGAAAACCACAGAGGCACAAGUGCUGUUUCUGUCCUGUCACGUCAAGGGUCUGUGCGAUCGUCGUGACUCCCCGCGGCUGAUGCUUGCCUUGAUCACCUGGCCGAGGCGUGUGCCAGGUUUCUCCGUGUGCAGUUACUCUUUCCCCGCAUCCACCCUGUCCCUUUGCGUGAUGUCGCCCCGUGCGGCCACACGUAGAGUCGGGAGCUGUGCCCCAACUCCUGGGGGCGGGGAGCAGCUAUGGAAUAUGCCUUUUCUCCACCCUUUAUUUAUCGGUUCCAUCAUUUACGUUUAUCAUUGUGAGCUUAUGGACACAUUUCAUUUACUUACUGAUUCCAUCAUUUAUGUAUAUCGGUGUGAGCUUAUGGACACUUAUUUUAUAUUUUUGAUUAUGGUCCCUAUGACUUUGUCCCUCAGACUGUCCCAGCUUCAGCCAUUGGGAGCCCAUUGUGUUGCCGUGACACAUCCCCAGCAGUGUGGCUGUUUAUUUCGAGUACUUCCUCGCUUUGUGGCACUACCGAGUGUUCCAGGAUCAUCCGGAACGUUUCCUGUGCAAGCCCUUCAAGCCGCCCUUGAGCCCUCAUUCCUUUGUUGCAGCGUGGCCUCAGAAAGCAGGCUCUGGGCACUUGGUGUGCUUUGUGGCGAGCUGGGGCACCCUCGCCUGUGUGCGCCAGCAGGCAGGCAGAGCAGGGGAACGGCCGUGCGUGUGUUGUCCCUCGAAGACGCGUGUGUCUGUAAGCCGUGCCGAGUGUGGUGGGCUGCACCUAUAUUGAGCUAAUUGUUGAGUUUGUGCUCAUGUCUCCAGCUCUAAGCCAGGACCCCGUGGAUCAUUCCAGCCACCUCCCCUCGCUUGUCUGGGACCUUCCACUCUGACAGCGAGAAGCCUGACUCCCACCUUCCACAGUCUGCUUGCUUGUUUGUUCUAGUACACGGAUGCAUAGUAGUUUCAGAAUUGUUAACCCACACUCGAGCGGAGACAGCUUUGUCUGCUAGGGUCCGGGGCUUAUGGACAGUUCCAUAAGUUUGCCUGCGGUCUUACAGGUUCCACUCAUUUCCAGACUUGCUCAGGUCAGGGCUUUUCCCCACCCCUGCGGUGAGGUCAUUUGGUACCCUUGUAGUAGAGUUCGAGUUUCUCUUCCCAGCCUGCAUUCCGUGCCAGGAUGCCCUUCUUCCUAGAGUAUUGUUUUAAAAACGUGCAUGCAUCCAGGUUCACUCCCUGUGCUGUGAAGUUUUGUUUCAUGGGUUUUGAUAAAUGCAUAGCGGCACGCAUCUGUCCUUACAGUAUUCUACAAAAGUACUUUCCAUGCCCUCACACACCCCCUGCGCCUCACCUGCUCAGCCCUCUCCUCCCUCCUCCCUCCCCAUCUCCUGGUAACUGCUCAUCUGUCUACUGAUUCUACAGUCUGCCAAUUCCAGAAUGUUCUAUGAUUAGAACCAUACAGUAUGUAGCCUUAAAAAACAAACAAACAAAAAAACCCUUUUGUUUCUUAGAGGUUUAGGUUCAUAGCAAAAUUGAGGGCCAAGUACAGAGUUCCCGUAUCCGCCCCGUCCCCACACAGGCACAGCCUCCUUCACUAUUGACAUCAUGCACCGGAGGGGCACCUGUUACAUGGAUGAACCUGCAGUGACACAUCAUAAUCACCCAAAGUUCAUGGUUUACUGUGUCAGCUCAGGCUGCCAGAACAAAACACCACAGACCGGGUGGCUUAAACAACAGGACUUUAUUUCUCAUGGUUCUGGAGGUGGGAAGUCUGAGAUCAGGUGCCAGCAUGCUCAGGUUCUGACCGCUGCUACAGAGCCCUCCAGAAUCCGAGACUGGGCCUUUGCAACAGAGCUCCCAGACACCUACCCCCAGCUGUCCGGGAGGGACGCACCAGUCAGCAGCCGCCGCCCACAGCUGCGACUCCUCUGGUACAGACUGUUCUGCCAUGACCACAGCGCGGUACCGGCCCACGUGGGACCUGGCCCUCGAUCCGCUGGUGUCGUGCAAGCUGUGUCUCGGGGAGUACCCGGUGGAGCAGAUGACCACCAUCGCCCAGUGCCAGUGCAUAUUCUGUACUCUGUGCCUGAAACAGUAUGUCGAGCUCUUGAUCAAAGAAGGAUUGGAAACUGCGAUCAGUUGCCCCGAUGCCGCCUGCCCUAAGCAAGGCCACCUGCAGGAGGACGAGAUCGAGUGCAUGGUGGCGGCUGAAAUUAUGCAAAGAUAUAAAAAGCUACAAUUUGAAAGAGAGGUGCUGCUGGACCCCUGUCGGACCUGGUGCCCUACUUCCACCUGCCAGGCCGUGUGCCAGCUCCAGGACAUGGGGCUGCAGACACCCCAGCUGGUGCGGUGCAAGGCCUGUGACGUGGAAUUCUGCUCUGCCUGCAAAGCCAGCUGGCAUCCCGGCCAGGGCUGCCCGGAGACCAUGCCCAUCACUUUCCUUCCCGGAGAGACCAGCUCUGCUUUCAAACUGGAGGAGGACGACGCGCCCAUCAAGCGGUGCCCCAAGUGCAAGGUGUACAUCGAGCGGGACGAAGGGUGCGCACAGAUGAUGUGUAAGAACUGCAAGCAUGCCUUCUGCUGGUACUGCCUCGAGUCUCUGGACGAUGACUUCCUCCUGAUCCAUUACGAUAAAGGACCGUGCCGGAACAAGCUGGGCCAUUCCAGGGCAUCUGUGAUCUGGCAUCGGACACAGGUGGUGGGAUGGCUUCAUUCCCUUGCUCACUGUGCUCCGUCCCUGGGAGACAGUCACUCGUUUGAACAUCUGGGUGCUAAUGGUCCUGAAAUCUGCUGGCUUCUCCCCAGAGCCCAAGAUUCACGUCCCCACUGCCUCCUCCAUAUCUCCAUGUGGGUGCCCGCGGGUCUCCCAGACUCGGAACGUCCAAAUGGAGCUCACUGUUCUUCUCGUUACCAAGAUGGCACGUCCAUCCCCCUCAAGCCAAAACUGAGUGCACGGUUCUUGGAGGCCUUCAGGUCUUGCUGAUUUCGCUUUCUGAACACCCUCUGCGUCUGUGCCUCUUCUGGUCACUGUCCUCCCUCCCACCUGCCCGGCCUGCUGUGAGUCCUGUAGGCUCCUCGCUCCAUCUUCCCAACUGUGGACCUGUCCUCCACAAAGCCCCUGGAACUUACCCCCUUGGUUUCUCAACGAGAUGAGUGCUCAACUUGCGAGCAGGGAUCCUGAGCUCUCCGUUCUGGCCUUGCCGGACCCCGCCCGGAUGUCCUGCCUGCACACGUCUGUGUUUCCUGUUUCCACCUGUACCGUCCUACAGCCGGCCUGAAAUUCUCUCUUCCUGAUGCCUCAGCCUGUGCACACCUGGCUCACACCUGCUGGCCCUGCCACGUCCCUAAGGAAGCCACCCUGAACUUCCCAGCACCUGUUUUCUGAGUCUCGAAUCUGUUUCUGCCCAGAACUCUUCAGCCCUUUGUCACUGCUUGCGGCUCCCUGCCCUCCUGCUGGGCCCCCAUCUUUCAGAGAACAAAUCGCCCUGCACCGCACAGUUCAGAACAACAGAUAUUCAUUAAGCGGAGAAAUGAGGAGCUGUUACAGAGGGUGGGCAAGAGAGAGCGGAGCUGUCACCUAGCGCCUGGCUAGACUCCACACAGCCCCCACGCUUACCUUGUGGCUUCCCCUGCCUCAAGGGCACGCCUCCACCCGCUUGAUAGUCAUUUAACAGCAGCCUACCUGGCAGGGGGUGUUUGCUUCCUGCGGUGUAAACACUCCCAUCCUGGCCAUUUCAAGCUGCCCCUGUGAUGGCACUGAAGGGAGAAUUGGGAGGAGACCUGUGAGCGAUCACAGCCCUCUGUCCCUUAUUCCUGUCAUUGUCCCAGCCUCUCCCACAUCUAGCAUGUGGUGUGCUGGGUGGGCCUCGAUGUCAUGUUCAAAUGCCAAGUGUCAGAGAAUUAAAGGGGUUCCAUACGUUCACCUUAUUGCAUCUUUGAUUUUGGCAUAUAGUUCCUAAGUGCUGGAGUGUGGUUUAUAGAACUCUCUGGAGGAGAGGAUUCAAAACGUACCAGUUUCUGUUCAUCUGGGUCAGUCUCCUAAAUGUCUGUUGCAUGUUUGUUACAGGAGAUGCACUGGUCUGUGCACAGAGGCUUAUACUGGUUACAGAACCCAUGUUAUACUCUGAAGAUACAGUCUGAAUUUGAGAAGCCAUACUUUAAAAAAUUUUUUUAAAUUUUCUCUAACGUUUAUUUAUUUUUCAGAGACAGGGAAUGAAUGGGGGAGGUGCAGAGACGGAAUCCAAAGCAGGCUCCAGGCUCUGAACUGUCAGCACAGAGCCUGACGUGGGGCUCGAACUCAUAAACUGUGAGAUCAUGUCCUGAGCCGAAGUCGGAUGCUCGACUGACUGAGCCACCCAGGCACCCCUAAAAAAAUUUGAAAAAAAAAUUUUUUUUAAUGUUUAUUUUUGAAAGAGGGAGAGACAGAGUGCAAAGAGCGGAGGAGCAGAGAGAGGGAGACACAGAAUCUGAAGCAGGCUCCAGGCUCUGAGCUGUCAGCACAGAGCCCAACAUGGGGCUCGAAUCCACAGACCAUGAGAUCAUGACCUGAGCUGAAGUUGGACGCUUAACCGACUGAACCACCCAGGCGCCCCUAAAAAAUUUUUUUUAAUGUUUAUUUAUUUAAAAAAAAUUUUUUUUAACGUUUAUUUAUUUUUGAGACAGAGAGAGACAGAGCAUGAACUGGGGAGGGUCAGAGAGAGGGAGACACAGAAUCUGAAACAGGCUCCGGGCUCUGAGCUGUCAGCCCAGAGCCCGACGCGGGGCUUGAACUCACGGACCGCGAGAUCAUGACCUGAGCCGAAGUCGGCCGCUUAACCGACUGAGUAAUGUUUAUUUAUUUUCAAGAGAGAGACAGCAUGAGCAGGGGAGAGGUAGAGAGAGAGGGAGACACAGAAUCCGAAGCAGGCUCCAGGCUCUGAGCUGUCAGCACAGAGCCAUAUGUGGGUCUCGAACUCACUAACUGUGAGAUCGUGACCUGAGCCAAAGUCGGACGCUCAACUGACGGAGCCACCCAGGUGGCCCGAGAAGCUGUACCUUUAAGUCUCAGAGUUUGCCAGGAUGAACAACGUUCUGCUGUGAGUCCCUCCAGAGCCUGGAACUGUUUACUCAGCUGUAUCACCUGUAGUGUACAAUCUAGUGCCUCUCACACGUCUAUGACGCGCUCACUGACCACUUCUGUUCUGUGAUACUUGCAUCCUGUCUGAUUCGUUACUGGCAGCUGGUUUCCUUCUGGCAGUAUCUGCAUCCUAUCACUGAUCCGCAGGAGACUGGGUGGCUAACCUUGCUUACUACAUGGCACGCGAAGCAAGAGGCAGGAUGAACGGGGUAGAAACUAGGAUGUGUUAUUGGCCAGGAAGGUGAGCAUUUGGUCAAGGAUUUUGAUACGUUUCCGAUCGCAGAGUGUCCCUUCUUUGGGAUGGACAGUACGUUCCAAGUAGUGGAGAUGGCCCCAGGGCCUUCCAAGUAACAGCUUUCUGGGUGUUUUCAUAUUUUCUAAAAUAUCAGCAUGCACGUGAUUUUAACAAAGCCUGAUCUGAUUUCACAUCUCAUAAUUCCACCGUCGACAUUAUGUUCAGACAAAUGGACUUCGCCAACUGGGCAGAAAGCAUGGCUUCCUAGCAUUUGCAGUAUAAUUUAUAAAUGCAGUGCGAUGCAUGUGUGACGGUUUUCAGGCAGAAAUCUAAGUGAAGGUUCCUUUCUUUGAGUGCUAUAGCCUGGUAUCCUCUUUCAGAGCUUAUAACGACCUUUAGAGUUCUUUUUAUCUCGCGUGUUUAUUUUGUAUUUGAGAAAAAUGAGGCACAGAGAGGAGGGAACAUGGAAAAAAGUCAGCAUUAGCACAGAGUGCCUGGACCGGUCAUGUAUUUAUCAUUGUGAACACUAGGUGGCAUUGUGACUCUGUCAUCAGGUUUCAGUUCUGCAUUGUCCUCUGCUUGGGAGGGGCGGGGAGGGCGGGUGGCGAAUGUUGGGAGGCUGUCAAAAUAGGAACACCCUGCUUUCCUGACCAACCACACUGUCUGACUUAGAUGACAACGUGUCUACAUCUGAGGCUUAUUCCUCUUGGCACCUGCUCAUACCGAGGUGUAAGCAUGUGUUAUAAAACAAAGUCAGAACCUGUAACAGUCAGUUUUAAAAGCAGUGCUGGGUUUUAAACUCUGGGAGUAACACAGGUCUGGUUCCUUUUCUCGAGUUCUCCCGUCUUAUCCUAGUCUUUCCUGUACGCUAACCACCUCCUUAUCUUUGUAAUCUCAGGCAUGUCCCACUGGCAGCCUUCCUUCCCAUUAGCAAAUGCAGGUGUCUGACCCUUGGACUCCCUUUAUACCUGGAGCCUGAUGGCAGUUUCUGUAAAAUGUAUUGUUGUCAGUUCAUGAAGUCUCAAGUCUCUUUCCACUGAACUGGUGCUCCUCAAGGGCCGUGAUCUGAUGUGCCUCUGUAUUUGUAAGACCUCAUACAGUGUCUGGCUCAGGGGAGACUUGUUUGUUAACUGGGUGUAUCAAUGGAUGGUAGUUUGGGUCCUUAGGUGGAAGGAGGUGGAAGAGGAAAGGGAGAGGAAGAAAAGGAAAUGAAAGGGCAGGGGAUGUGAGAGGAAGCAAGUACUGAUGGAUAGGUGGACAAAUGGAUGCAUGGAUGGAUGAGUAGAUGGAUGAAGGAUACAAUGAUAGGUGGAUGGGGGAUAGGAUAGGUGAUGGAUGAUCGUUUGAUACAUGUAGGUAUGGAUGGAUGGCUGAGUGGAUAAAGGGUUGGGUGGAUGGAUAAAUGGAUGACGGAUGGGUAGAUGGUGGGUGGAUGAUGGGUGGAUGGGGGCAUAGGAUGGGUGAUGGGUGAUCGUUUGAUGGAUGGAUGGCUGAGUGGA